AUGUUUUUGUUUGUACUAUUAUCUUCCGCAUUAUCAAUCAACGAUGAUCUUCCAUUCGAUGAUGAUAAUCUAGAUGAACAAAAUGGCCCAAAUAAGAGACAAACUAGGAAAUAUAUUCAGCCACAGGAGAAUGAAACUGAUUCAAAUGCAACAAAUAAAGUUAAACGUCAAAGACUUCCUCUUUCUCAAUUGAUAGGAGUUAGAGAGUAUAUCUUUGCUGGAAUUGCGCUAAUUUAUCUUUUGUUUUACAUAUUUGGCAAAGUUUCAAUCGAAUACCAACAGAAAAUUAUUAGAAACUUAUUCAGACUACAAUUAUCCUAUGAUUUUGCUUUCAUUCAGAGUAAGUUUAUGAAACGAUCCAAUCAUCAUUACGAAUUUUACAUUACAGGAAGAUCUGGAUAUAUUGGUGGCAUCGUAUCUAUAGCAUUCUCUAAGCGUUGUGAUCCAAUUGGAUGGUUAAUUGAUACAAUUUUGAGAAAGAAAAACAAUUUAAAUAUUGAUUUAGUUUAUGCACCGCCAGAGAACUUACAUGGCUUUAUCAGAUUUAGUAGCCAACCCUCUCAUAGCAAUUAUUCCAUAGGAAUCAAAGAAUUUGAAAAUGCAGGAAUUCAUUGUUAUUCAGACUUAGAGGACAGCACAGCACCUUUUAUUGAGCUAGUACAAUCUUAUUUACAAAAGCACAAAGAUACAGUUAAAUUAAUCGAAAUUAGCGACAUGUAUCAAGGUGAUCUUGUCGAAACAGGAACAACAGGAGCCAGAUUCGAGUUUGAGUUUAACAGAGCUUCACAAAUUGAUGAAGAUGUUGCAAAAUUCGUUGUCGCACUUUCUGAUGCAUUUUUGGGCGUUGUGUCCAAUAGGGAACUCAUGAAAAAUAAUAAAAAUAAUAGGGUUAGCCUUAUGAGGAAUCUUCAAUGA